CCAGCCUUUGUUCACUGAUGUUUGCUGUGUGACCGUAAACAAGCAGAAAGGAGAAAUAAGGGCACAGACAAACAGAGAGAGAGGAAAGGACUCGUGUGUCCAUGUUUUUGGAUGCUGGGAACGUCCAAAACCCAGGGAAGCUAUCACAUCCAUCAUUCAAGCUGAAGACAUCUAAAGCAGGGCUGGAGUUUAUCCAUGAUGCAGUCCUACCUCACACUGUUGCUGGCACUCGUGGCCUCUGCAGCUUCAGUGGAAUGGAGGCGUCCGAUAAUCAAGGUCAAUUCCAAGGUGGUGACAGACCCUGAGGUGGUGGUGAGGGUCGGGAAGCCUCUGGAUCUGAGGUGUGAGGGCAACGGAUCUGUAAGCUGGCAACCUAGGCUGUCCAAACACAGGCGCUAUGUGUCCAGGGGCAGCGGUAACGUCUGCAGCUUCAAGGUUGAACGCCCCUCGGCAGAAUUCACCGGAAUGUACAAGUGUUUCUACACUGCUGGGCCCAAAUCCAGUGAUUUGGUCUCCUCGAUACAUGUGUAUGUCAAAGACCCGAUGCGAGUGUUUUGGACAAGCAGCACAUCUCUGCGUGUGGUGAGGAAGGAGGGUGAGAACUUCAUGCUACCUUGUCUGCUAACAGACCCCUCAGCCACUGAUCUGGGCCUCCGCAUGGACAACGGCACCACCGUGCCACCUGGAAUGAACUUCACUGUUGACAGGCACCGUGGCAUCCUCAUCCACAGCCUCCAACCAAGCUUCAAUGCUGACUACGUCUGCACAGCUAAGGUCAAUGGUGUGGAAAAGACCUCCAAAGCCUUUUCCAUCAACGUCAUUCAGAAGCUUCGCUUCCCUCCAUAUGUCUUCUUGGAGACGGAUGAGUAUGUACGGGUAGUUGGGGAAGAAAUUAAGAUUUGCUGCACAACACACAAUCCAAACUUCAACUAUAAUGUCACAUGGAAAUAUACCACCAAAUCGAACCCAACAAUAGAGGAGAAGGUUCGCUCCAAUGGAGAGAAUCGUCUGGACAUCCAGAGCAUCCUGACAAUCUCUGCUGUGGAUCUCGCAGACACAGGAAACAUCUCCUGCAUUGGUACUAAUGAAGCCGGAGUGAACAGUACAACUACGUACCUGCUGGUUGUGGAUAAGCCCUACAUCAGGUUGCUGCCCCAGCUCUCACCCAAACUGGCCCCCAAGGGUCUUUCUGUUGUGGUGAAAGAGGGAGAAGACCUGGAGCUCAGCUUGGUCAUCGAAGCGUACCCUCAUAUUACAGAGCACAGAUGGCUGACUCCCACACCUCCAAACACAUCCACACAGGAGCACAAGUUCAUCCGAUACAACAACAGAUACCAUGCAACUCUGCAGCUGAAGAGAAUGAACAUACAGGAACAGGGACAAUAUACUUUCUAUGCAAAGAGUGAUUUGACCAAUGCAUCCAUCUCAUUUCAAGUACAAAUGUACCAGAGACCCAAUGCGGUCGUUAGAUGGGAAAAUGUAACCACUCUGACUUGCACCUCAUUUGGCUAUCCGGCUCCAAGGAUCAUCUGGUAUCAGUGUCUGGGAAUACGACCUACGUGCAAUGAAAACACCUCAGGGUUGCAGCUGGCCAUCCCUCUCCAGGCUUCCACUGUGGAAGUCCAGAGGGAAGAGUAUGGAGCUGUGGAGGUGGAGAGUGUCCUCACAGUUGGACCAUCCAGACAGAGGAUGACUGUGGAGUGCGUAGCCUUCAACCUUGUUGGUGUGAGCAGAGAUACGCUUGCAAUGGAGGUGUCUGACAAGCUCUUUACUACCACCUUAAGCGGAGCAGCAGGAAUUCUGGCAAUCCUCCUAGUGCUGCUGGUUAUUCUGCUUUACAAAUACAAGCAGAAACCCCGCUAUGAAAUCCGUUGGAAGAUUAUAGAGGCGAUGGAUGGCAACAAUUACACUUUCAUCGACCCCACACAGCUGCCGUACAACGAGAAGUGGGAGUUCCCAAGAGACAAGCUCAAACUAGGAAAGAUUUUGGGUGCAGGUGCAUUUGGAAAAGUUGUUGAAGCAACAGCUUACGGUCUGGGAAAGGAGGACAAUGUCAUGCGUGUAGCUGUGAAAAUGUUAAAAGCCAGGGCGCAUUCAGAUGAGAGGGAGGCUCUAAUGUCUGAGUUAAAGAUACUGAGUCAUCUGGGCCACCACAAAAAUAUAGUCAAUCUGCUCGGGGCCUGCACUUAUGGAGGACCAGUGCUUGUGAUCACCGAAUACUGCAGUCUUGGCGACCUUCUGAACUUCCUGCGCCAGAAAGCAGAGACAUUCGUAAACUUCAUCAUGAAUAUUCCAGACAUGGACGAGAGCUCAAACAAUUAUAAAAACAUUUGCAUUCGGAAGCAGUUUAUCAGAAGUGACAGCGGGAUCUCCAGCGUGGCCUCCAGCAGUUACCUGGAGAUGAGACCUAGUCAGCCGCCAAAUGCAGAACUAUCUCAAGAAUCGGACUGCGAGGAGACUGGUGACUGGCCGCUGGACAUCGACGACCUGCUGAGGUUCUCGCUUCAAGUCGCGCAAGGCCUUGACUUUCUCGCUGCUAAAAAUUGUAUCCACAGAGAUGUUGCUGCCAGGAACGUCCUCCUGACCAGCCGCAGAGAGGCAAAGAUUUGUGACUUCGGCUUGGCUCGAGACAUCAUGAAUGACUCCAACUAUGUUGUGAAAGGCAACGCCCGUCUGCCUGUGAAGUGGAUGGCUCCAGAGAGCAUCUUUGACUGCAUCUACACUGUGCAGAGUGACGUCUGGUCCUACGGCAUCCUCUUAUGGGAGAUUUUCUCUUUAGGCAAGAGUCCAUAUCCCAGCAUGGCUGUGGACUCCAGGUUCUACAAGAUGGUGAAGCGUGGCUAUCAGAUGUCCCAGCCUGACUUUGCUCCACUUGAGAUGUAUGUCAUCAUGAAAAUGUGCUGGAAUCUGGAGCCUACACAGCGCCCCACCUUUAGCAAAAUCGGACAAAUGAUAGAAAAACUACUCGGGGGGCAUCUUGAGCAAGAGCAGGUAAUCUACCAGAAUAUGCAGCAGGAGGUCAAAGAGGCUGAUGCGAAUGACAAGCCCAAGUGUGGUAACGGCCCCUGUGACCAGUCUUGUGACCAUGAAGAAGAAGAGCAGCCUCUGAUGAAGACAAACAACUAUCAGUUUCGUUGAAAGAGCCCCGAACAACAAUGCAUUUGUAACAAAUUGAACACCAAACAGUAAAAUAAAAAUAAAAAAACCCACACAAAAAAAACAAAAUAAAAAUAAAUCAAGAAAAGCGAGAUCAGCUGCAGCCCGUGGCUGUGGCCUUUUUCACAGCGCUGCAGACUUUUACCCUCUCAGCUAUUUUUCACUGUGUCUGCUUGCCAGACAAACGACUGGCUGCAGUGAAGCAUGUGACUCGCUACUGUGCAGACCAUGACUAGAAACUGCCAUGUCUAACAUCGACUGCAAACACGAAGGGAGGAUACAAGCGUGCGAACUUUCAGAGCUGUAUUAUAUUAAAGAGUUCACCCUGGGUGGACUGCUCAUCAGUCUUAGCCUUACAUAUUCUGUUUAUUUACUCAGUUAUCUAAUGUGCAUUGUGAAGCUUUUUAAAUACCACAUUGAUAUUCUUGUUUUUGUGGAGGUUGAAAUCAGCAGGAUUUCUUCCUUUUAAUUGUUUUUACUGCAAGCACAUGCAGAAGCAGCAGGUAUAUAAUUUCAAAUACUGGAUUAAAAUAUCCACGGUUUUCUUUACCUUUGUCGGUUUUUUUGCCCCUCUAUAGGUGAAAGUUCAAAUGUAUUUUCCAUCCCUGAUCUGAACAUGUUACAGCAACUGAUAUGAGAAGGCAAAGAAAGGCCAUGUUGUUUUCCUCUCUCUGGGCCUCAGUUAUGGCUGUUUUACUUGCGACACACUUACAAUGCUCUUUAGUGGUUAGCAACAUGUGAUUGUUCUGCUUCAUUUUAAUUAAUUUACCAGUGUUCAGCGUAGUUUAGUAGCAGGAAAAUCUGUGGAUCUCUUCUGGACCAGAGAAACCUUUCAUGUCUGACAAUGUGAACUUCUUUUUUUAUCUACGUUUUGUUAGUCACCACUAGAUCUUUUCGUUUCCAGCAUCAGAUAAAUGUUUGGAUACAAAGGUUUCACAGAUGUCUGUAUGUAGCAGUCAGCCUACACUGCCAAAUGUAUGUUGAUUUUGAGAAUGACUUAUAAGCUAGGUGAGCGAUACAGACUGCAGAUUUGUGCGAUGUCAGGCAUUUUGUUUGUGUUUGCAUCGGAAUGAAACACAAGAGAUGUCUCAUGCUGUAAAUGUAUAUAUAUAUAUAUAUAUAUAUAUAAAUAUAAAUCAAAAUCAAGAAUAAUCUUUAUUUGCACUGAAAUGUGGUAGAUUGUAGCACAAGGGUAUUUCAGAGUGUUUUUUGUCAAAUCACUGCAAAUGCAGCUAUUGAAUAAAGCAUUUAAAAAAAUG